GGCGGCGCCGGCCAAACCCAGCGGCCCUGAGCCCUGCUGCUUAGCGCUGCUGGGUCGAGGGGGCGGCGGCAGGGGCGGCGGCAUCGGCGGCUGCAGCUUCAUUAGGACGGGUGAAGUUUGGGUGGCCGUGUUGCGAUCGCCAGCUGCAUUCCAGCCUCGAGGAGCCGGGGCUGGGAGGGCGGGCCGACUGACGGACCCCCGCGGGCCCCGCUGUCACCGUCUCGCGCGUCCUCUUGCCUGGAAGUGUUUAAGCUUUUAAGAUGUCAUCUGUCAAGCACUUAGUUUAUGCAGUUAUUCGUUUCUUACGGGAUCAAAGUCAGAUGGAUUCUUAUAGUUCGGAUGAGCAGGAAAGUUUGGAAGUUGCAAUUCAGUGCUUGGAGACAGUAUUUAAAAUCAGCUCAGAAGAUACACACUUAGCAGUUUCACAGCCUUUGACAGAAGUGUUCACCAAUUCCUUCUGUAAGAAUGACAUUCUGCCACUAUCAAACUCAGUGCCUGAAGAUGUGGGGAAAGCUGACCAAUUAAAAGAUGAAGGCAACAACCACAUGAAAGAAGAAAAUUAUGCUGCUGCAGUGGAUUGUUACACACAGGCUAUAGAAUUGGAUCCCAAUAAUGCUGUGUAUUUCUGUAACAGGGCUGCUGCUCAAAGUAAAUUAGGUCACUACACAGAUGCAAUAAAGGAUUGUGAAAAAGCAAUAGCAAUUGAUUCAAAAUACAGCAAGGCUUAUGGGAGAAUGGGGCUGGCCCUUACUGCCAUGAAUAAAUUUGAAGAAGCAGUUACAAGUUAUCAAAAGGCAUUAGAUCUUGAUCCUGAAAAUGAUUCUUAUAAAUCAAAUUUGAAAAUAGCAGAACAGAAGUUAAGAGAGGUAUCCAGUCCUACAGGAACUGGUUUGAGCUUUGACAUGGCUAGCUUAAUAAAUAAUCCAGCUUUCAUUAGUAUGGCAGCAAGCUUAAUGCAGAAUCCUCAAGUUCAGCAACUAAUGUCUGGAAUGAUGACAAAUGCCAUUGGGGGGCCUGCUGCUGGAGUUGGGGGUCUCACUGACCUGUCCAGCCUUAUCCAAGCGGGGCAGCAGUUUGCUCAGCAGAUACAGCAGCAGAAUCCAGAACUUAUAGAGCAACUGAGGAAUCACAUUCGGAGCAGAACCUUCAGCAGCAGCACUGAAGAACAUUCCUGAUUAGGGGCUGGGUACCCUACACAGAAUACAAAUGGUUUAUAGCACUGAAGCAUUUGCUGUAGAUAGUCGCCAAAACAAACAAACAAAAACUAAAGAGUAAAUCUGUUUAGAUAAUAGGUUUAUCACAAACAGACUGGAACAUAACAUGAUUCCCUUCAUAAAUAAGUACCUUAAAAGUGGCCAAAUAGCACUGAACAGGGGUUCAUUUUCAAACCUUCAUCGUCAUAUUUGUAUAUUUAGACUAAUAAGCAGAGUAUAUUUAUGAACAGUAAGGUGAACGCUCUCGCUCCGGAUUUCCCUAAAACAGCACUUCUUUGAAAUGGGAACACAGACAGGAGGAUAGAUCUAUAGGUAUAGGGAAAAGUUAAUUGCCCUUGAGUAGCAAGGUAUAGAGUGAAGAAAUUUGUCAUCUAGUUUUAGUUAGCAGUGAUAGGAUUAUCAGUAAAGAAUAUAUGUGAGAGGCCAGUACCAUAAGUAGUGAUAGGGAAUCACUUGUUCUGAUGGUGAUAGGGAAUCUAAGAGCUGGUAGAGAGCAGAAUUUGGUGUAAGGGAUGUUUUUGAAAAGAAUAGAUGCUGUGAAUGUAUAGAAAUGAAGUAGGUAGUAUGCUCAGGCUUUCUGCUAGUUCUUCUACUAAACUUGCCUGCAGUUUGGUUAUUGAUAACAUUAGCAUGGCUAAUUAUGCUAAGUACAUAAUAAAAUACAUUUAGAAAUCCUUAAUGGUACUGGUUAGUCAUUUGUAUAACUAAUUUAGCAAAUACAAUUUCCUUACUGGUGAUCUUACCAUGGAGACUUGCACAUAUCCUUAUAUUUAAAUAAACCAGUGGCUGGACCCUAA